CUGCCCGUUCAAAAGUCUCGGUCUGCCCGUAAAAUAAAGAUGAUUUAUUUAUUUAUAUCUUCUGCUAAUAUAAAGCUUCCAUGGCUAAUCUUGUUUAAGCUUCUCUUCUUCUUCUCUGUCCUGUGUCUCGUUUACUAGUUUUUUUUUCUCGGGGGAGAGUGAUGGAGUGUGUUUGCUGAACAGUUUCGACGAUCGCAUGGCUGAGAUUUGUUACGAGAACGAGACUAUGAUGACGAAAACGACGGCGACGGUGGUGAAGAAGACGACGACGACAACGAGGAGACGAGAACGGAGCUCUUCUCAAGCAGCGAGAAGGAGGAGAAUGGAGAUCCGGAGGUUUAAGUUUGUUUCCGGUGAACAAGAUUUCGUCGACGGUGAAUUACAGAAGCGGAGGAGACGGGAAUCCACCGUCGCAGCCUCUGCCUCCGCCGUGUUUUACGAAACGGCGAAGGAAGUUGUCGUUUUAUGCGAGUCUCUGAGUUCUACGGUUGUGGCAUUGCCUGAUCCUGAAGCUUAUCCUAAAUACGGCGUCGCUUCCGUCUGUGGAAGAAGACGAGAAAUGGAAGACGCCGUCGCUGUACAUCCGUUUUUUUCCCGUCAACAGACGGAAUAUUCCUCCUCCGGAUUUCACUACUGCGGCGUUUACGAUGGCCAUGGCUGUUCCCAUGUAGCGAUGAGAUGCAGAGAAAGACUACACGAGCUAGUCCGUGAAGAGUUUGAAGCUGAUGCUGACUGGGAAAAGUCAAUGGCGCGUAGCUUCACGCGCAUGGACAUGGAGGUUGUUGCGUUGAACGCCGAUGGUGCGGCGAAAUGCCGUUGCGAGCUUCAGCGGCCGGACUGUGACGCGGUGGGAUCCACCGCGGUUGUGUCUGUUCUCACGCCGGAGAAAAUCAUCGUGGCAAAUUGCGGUGACUCACGUGCCGUUCUGUGCCGUAACGGGAAGGCCAUUGCUUUAUCCUCCGAUCAUAAGCCCGACCGUCCGGACGAGCUAGACCGGAUUCAAGCAGCGGGUGGUCGGGUUAUCUACUGGGAUGGCCCACGUGUCCUUGGAGUACUUGCAAUGUCACGAGCCAUUGGAGAUAAUUACUUGAAACCGUAUGUAAUCAGCAAACCGGAGGUAACCGUGACAGACCGGGUCAACGGAGACGAUUUCCUUAUUCUAGCAAGUGACGGUCUUUGGGACGUUGUUUCAAACGAAACUGCAUGUAGCGUCGUUCGAAUGUGUUUGAGUGGAAAAGCCAAUGGUCAACUAUCAACCUCACCGGAAAGGGAAAUGACAGGUGUCGGCGCCGGGAAUGUGAUGGUCGGAGGAGGAGAUUUGCCGGAUAAAGCGUGUGAGGAGGCUUCGCUGUUGCUGACGAGGCUUGCAUUGGCUAGACAAAGUUCGGACAACGUAAGUGUUGUGGUGGUUGAUCUAAGACGAGACACGUAGUUGUUUCUUCUCUCUCUCUCUCGUAAUGGUUGUUUUUUUGUCCUGAGUCAUCGACUUUUGGGCUUUCUCUUUUAACCUUUUUUGCUCUUCGGUGUAAGACAUCGAAGGGUUUUUAAUUUAGCUUGAUUUUGGGCUAUGUCACUGUAGUGAAUCGCGGUUUAGAUCUACAAAGAUUUUCACCGGUAGUGAAAAUGGUAAAAGCAGUGAACUUUUGUAACUGCACAUGUGAAAGACUGAGUUUGGUUAGUUUCUGAGUUUCCUUAA